AUGUCUUCCGAUUUCGGUAAUCCGCUCAAGAAAUUCAAACUAGUCUUCCUUGGAGAGCAGAGUGUGGGCAAAACAUCGCUCAUCACUCGAUUUAUGUACGAUUCGUUUGACAACACCUACCAGGCAACUAUCGGUAUUGAUUUUCUGAGCAAAACAAUGUAUUUGGAGGACAGAACGGUCCGCCUUCAACUUUGGGAUACUGCUGGCCAAGAGCGAUUUCGAUCGCUUAUUCCUUCAUACAUCCGAGAUUCAACAGUGGCUGUAGUGGUGUACGACAUCACAAAUGCGAACUCGUUCCAUCAAACGUCAAAAUGGAUAGACGACGUUCGUACCGAAAGAGGCAGUGACGUUAUCAUCAUGUUAGUCGGAAACAAAACCGAUUUAGGAGAUAAAAGACAAGUCUCUACUGAAGAAGGCCAAGGAAAAGCUAAGGAACUCAACGUCAUGUUCAUAGAAACGUCUGCGAAAGCGGGUUACAAUGUGAAACAGCUCUUCCGUCGUAUUGCGGGUGCUUUGCCGGGUAUCAUAAAGGAAGAUGACCCCACAAUCGUGAAUAUGGACCCGAUCAAGCAACGCCAGAUCGUUACUGACGAAGGUUCUUGCUGGUGCUGA